AUGACCAGGUCAUCCAGUAAAAAUGAAUUACCGUCUCAUCAGGUCCAAGCUCUUGUUCGAAUAGCGGGACCAUUCCUCGCGGCUCUGACGAUGGUCUUCCUGAUUCUUCCGGGAGUUUCAGGCCCUCAAACAGGUUACUUCUGGCUGAGAGUCAAGUAUCACUCACAAGGUGGAUCAUGGGAUUUGGGCGGACUGGGAGUAUGUAAAGUCGGUGAAAAAUGUCAAGAAGGUCAAAAUCCACCACCACAUUAUACGAGCAUCAAGCAGAACUUGCAAUUACAUUUAGCUAGCACAAUAAUUUUCUUCAUCACAUCUUUAUUCUCAUUUGUUCUCUUCAGAUUCCCAACUGCUGAUAUCACCAAAAGAUGGGGGACUACCAUACCACUUUUUGCAAUCUUGUUCCCACUAAUCGAUAUGAUAGCGGAUUUGUGCGUGGCUCAUUCCUUGGAAAUCAAGACAGACGUUGAGAACGUAGAGAGAAUAGGUGUAUUUUGGUUAGGAACAAUCGGCUUGGUCCUUUCAGUCUUAUGGUGUAUCACCGCUCAGCUGGAUGGAAUGUAUCGUCGUCGUGAAGUAGCUGAAUUCGAUAGAAAAAUAGCCGAAUCCUCUGAGGAUCCCGAAAAAGGUUGGGGAGAUAAAUUAGUUGAAACCGCAUAUGAACUUUGGCCAUGGAAAGAAGCUCGCAAUACCACCAAGCCCAAAUCGAGAAGGAACGAGGAGGUAAGAAACAGUAAAAAAGGGAAAUCGGAAUCAAGCUCUCGCAAAAAGAAUGAGACAGUAUAA